AUGAAUUUCUUGAGUGAAGACAUAUUCUUUUAUCUCUUCCAUCUUCAUUGCUUUCUUUUUGAAUAUAUUCUUUUUUAUCUCUUUCAUCUUUUCAUCGUUUCUUUCCUGCUUGAAUUUCUUGAAGACAUAUUCUUUUAUCUCUUCCAUCUUCAUUUUCUUUUGAAUAAUUUCUUAGUGAACAUAUUCUUUUUAUCUCUUCAUCUUCAUUCUUCUUUCCUGCUUGAAUUUCUUGAACAUAUUCUUUUAUCUCUUCCAUCUUCAUUGCUUCUUUUGAAUGAAUUCUUGGCAGUGAAAGACAUAUUCUUUUUAUCUCUUCCAUCUUCAUUGCUUCUUUUUGAAUAUGAAUUUCUUGGUGAAGACAUAUUCUUUUUUAUCUCUUCCAUCUUCAUCGUUUCUUUCCUGCUUGAAUUUCUUGUGAAGACAUAUUCUUUUUAUCUCUUCCAUCUUCAUUUAUUUCUUUUUUUUAGUGAAGACAUUUCUUUUAUCUCUUCCAUCUUCUUCAUUACUUCUUUUGAUGAUGAAGACUUUUUUUUAUCUCUUCCAUCUUCAUCGUUUUCUUUUGAAAAAUUUCUUGAUGAAGACAUAUUCUUUUAUCUCUUCUUCAUUGCUUCUUUUUUUCUUUCUUGGUUGAAUUUCUUUUUAGUGUCUUCAUUGCUUCUUUCCUGCUUGAAUCUUGGUGAAGAACAUAUUCUUUUUAUCUCUUCCAUCUUCAUCGUUCUUUCCUCUUUUUUGAAUGAAUUUCUUCUUUUUUUGAAUGAAUUUCUUGGUGACAUAUUCUUUUAUCUCUUCCAUCUUCAUUGCUUCUUUUUCAGAUAUAAUUUCUUGGUGAAGACAUAUUCUUUUUUUUAUCUCUUCACAUCUUCAUUGCUUCUUUUUAAGAAUAAUUUCUUUUUAUCUUCUUUCACAUCUUCAUCUGAAGACAUAUUCUUUUUGUCUUCCAUCUUCAUUGCUUCUUUUUUGAAUGAAUUUCUUGGUGAAGACAUAUUCUUUUUAUCUCUUCCAUCUUCAUUGCUUCUUUUGAAUGAAUUUCUUGAAGUGAAGACAUUCUUUUAUCUCUUCCAUCUUCAUUGCUUCUUUUUGAAUGAAUUUCUUGUGAAGGCAUAUUCUUUUUUAUCUCUUCCAUCUUCAUCGUUUCUUUUCCUGCUAGAAUUUCUUGGUGAAAGGCAUAUUCUUUUAUCUCUUCCAUCUUCGCCGUUUUCUUUCUUUUUUUCCUUGAAUAACAUAUUCUUUUAUCUAAGUGAAAGACAUAUUCUUUUAUCUCUUCAUCUUCAUUGCUUCUUUUUGAAUAAUUUCUUGUUUUCUUUUUUCUCUUCUUCCAUCUCAUUGCUUCUUUUGAGUAAUUUCUUGAAAAGACAUAUUCUUUUUCCUCUUCCAUCUUCUUCCAUUCUUGUGAAGAACAUAUUCUUUUUAUCUCUUCCAUCUUCAUCGUUUUCUUUCCUGCUUGAAUUUCUUGCUUAUUCUUUUAUCUCUCUUCCAUCUUCGUUUCUUUCUUUUGAAAUUUCUUUUUAUUCUUUUUGUCUCUUCCAUCUUCAUUACUUCUUUUUGAAUGAAUUUCUUGGUGAAGACAUCUUUUUAUCUCUUCCAUCUUCAUUAACUUCUUUCCUGCUUGAAUUUCUUUUUAUCUCGUCCAUCAUAUUCUUUUUUUAUCUCUUCCAUCUUCAUCGUUUUUCGACUUUUUCUGCUUAA